AUGUCGCUGGCUGCCGCACUCGCCCAAGAUGGCGUGCGGCCAGUCAGCUUUCUACCAUCCAUCAAAUGCUCUGAUUGCGGCAAUGAGAUCCAGAUCGACGAGAUGGGGGACCAUGUGUGUCCACCUACAACGACGAGGCCGCCAGUGCUGACCAGCGCAAUAAAUCCCUUCACCUUGCGGCAAAUGAAUGCAAGAGGACAGCAAGUGGCAGCUAUGCCUUCACCGCAAUCACACUCCUCGAUACCGCAAAUCAAUGGCACGGCUUUCGACACUGCGGCACAUGCUCCAGAGCAGAGAUCGCAGCGAAUGCCACUACCGAGGAUCAACUCCGACGACGCAGCGAACAAGCCGUUCCUGGCUCCCAGACCAGCUCCGUUCGAGCCUCCUCUGUCUCCUACUCUAAGUAGCCGCUCCGGAAGCAGUAGUGUGGGCAGGUCUGGAUACCAGCGAAGCAACACGAGUCCUGCGUCUCGUCCGUUUGAUUUUCGUCCUCCAAGCCCUGAGCUUUCUGCGAAUCUAGAUUGUGCCUUUCCGCCAUUUCCCACCUCUGCAGGAACCGAAAGGCGACCCUCCACCAGUCACAGUAACCAUGGACGAAAGACCCCGACCGGCAGUGAUCGCGCACCAUCACGGGGAGCCUCGCGUUUGGAUCAUGUUAUGUCGGCGGAACCGGAAUCUUUCGAUAUGCCGCCCAAGAGCCCCUACAUUGGUGGCACUAAUGCGAAUGUGUUACAAAGACUGGACACCUUGAGGAGUGGUCCUUUUGGCGCGUCGCGCAGGAAGGCCAGUGGGGACGUGAGGACAGAUGGAACUCGCAGACCAAGCCUGGCACCGUUGGAGGACAACACACCCGUUACUGCCACCCCCUACGAAUCGUCUUCGCCCCAUGCAAACGCUAUAAAUACCGAAAAAUUGGUCAAUGGGUCGCAUAGCCAGAAGAAGGCGGCACCACCACGGCCGGCGCGACCGACUGAGGAAGUCCUUCGACUCAGUUUCCUGGAUCAGAUGAGUGAAGAGCCAACUAGAAUAAUGGCACCCUCGCUGGGACCGGAUAAUGGUCAAGAUUCCGACGGUUUUCGUAGUCAGACCUACCCUCCGCAAAUGAGCGCGGGCGAGCAUGAAACACAGGGUAGUGCUCUUGCAAGAAUGCACAGCGAACCUCAGCUUCACGCGGUUGGCCGCAGGCCUUCGCUCGGGGGGAUCGCGAAUUGUGAACAUCUUGAUUCAUCACGAGCCGGUGGACGGGACGUGCCUCCGCUGCCUCAAGCAGUGCUGAGUUAUCGAGAGAACAUGAUGCACACUCCGACCGGCUCAAGCUCCUCCGUGACUUCGUCAACGAACUCUCGCACCAACACCAACAGCAGUGGCAUCAGUCCCGAUGGAAGUGUCGCGAGUAGCCUGGAUAUGUUCUCCCCUCCGGCGUCUGAGCCACGAAGAUAUGGUGAGGACGACCGGAUGCACGUGCGUGCUUUGAAUGUUAGCAGGAGUCCCGAAAAGCCACCACACAGUCACCAGCGAACAAUACAGCAGUCUCCGGCACGUAACUUCGCGCGGCCAUCACUAGACCAAGAUGUGCCACGAUACCGUACAGAUGCGUCUCUCACGCCCCUGGAAUCACCGAUGGACCCGGCACUCUCCACUAUGCAGAAUCGUUCAGGCCACGCCUUCGAGCCCUGGGGAUCAGAGCGUGUCGAGCGGGGACCCUCGCCCUCCGAUCUUUCUAUGCCAAAGCUGCAAGACUAUGUUGAUUUGACCAAGUCGAGCACGGAGUACGUCCAACGAUCUCGUUCUGCCAGCAAUCGAAGCUUGACACUGAGGACGCUUGAGCCGCAAAACACCCCGCCCAGUGCACUGCAGCCUCCGCCGACACCCCAAGAACCGCCAGCGCGAAGACAGCACGGAAGACGACCAACCAAUGCUAAGGCGAUGUGCAGAGGAUGUGGUUUCAUGAUUGAGGGGAAAUCCGUCAAAGCUGCAGAUGGUCGUCUGACAGGACGAUGGCACAAGGCCUGCUUCGUCUGUCGCUCAUGUCAACAGCCUUUCAUGACUGCGGACUUCUACGUGAUGAAUAACGAGCCGUAUUGUGAGCAACACUACCACGAGAAGAAUGGUUCCCUCUGCCAUGGCUGCCAUCGAGGAAUUGAAGGCCAGUAUCUGGAAACUUCGAGCUCGACAAGGUUCGGGAGCAUUGACAAGAAGUUUCACCCGCGCUGCUUUACCUGUUGCGAAUGCCGCAUGGUUUUGGCGCAGGACUAUUUUGAGAUCACAAGCAAGGUCUACUGCGAGAGACAUGCUUUGGCUGCAAUGCGCGCGCAGGCACGACUGGGUGCAGGCCUGCAACCUCCUGACAGACGGAAUCUGAUCGCGGAGCGACGAACUACCCGACUCAUCAACCCAAUGAUGGCAUGA